AUGUCCUUCAAACGGUCGUCCGGUCUUGAUUUCAAAGAUCGCAACCCAUUCAGAGACCAAGACCCCUUUGUCGACGGCACAGGCGACUACGCACUACCAGACCACCUUCAGCGUAACAAAUCAGAACGCCUUCGCCUUCAGGGUAUCCAGCAACCUCUUCCAAAUGCUGGUAUUGCUGCACCCAAAGCUCCUGAUGGUCCUCCUACUCUCGGUCAAAAGUUUGACCUGUGGAUGAUCAACGAGGGUGGAAAACGCCUUUUUUUCUCUGCUUGGAUCUUUUUCCACAUGCUCGUUAUUGCAUUCGGGUUCAUGAACUACCAACUCAGUGACGAUCUCACUGGAGCACGCGCAACGUUCGGCGUCACCUACGCUAUCGCUAGAUCUGCAGCACUUGUACUGCACGCCGAUGUUAUCUUUAUUCUCUUGCCAGUCUGCCGUAACUUUAUCUCCCUGCUUCGCAGAACACCCCUUAACUCGUUCAUCCCAUUCGACAAGAACAUAACAUUCCACAAGGCAACAGCCUGGUCCAUGGUAGUCUUUACUCUGAUCCACAUCGGCGCUCACAUGCACAACUUUUACGAGCUUGCUCUCGCUGAUCCAGAUGCAAAUACAUCUGGUAAGCGUGUGCUCGUUUUCUUGCAAGCGAAUUUUGCUACCGGUCCCGGUGCUACGGGUUGGAUUAUGACUGUUGCAUUAGGUGUCAUGGUCUGGUUCGCUAUGGAGAAAGACGCCUUCCAUGGCAUGUGGUGCAUGAUCAAGCCUGACAGAGAACCGUUUUGUUCCUUCAACUCUAUUGGUGUCUUCUGGCGAUACUGGCUCAUCGGGGGCCUCAUUUGGACAUACGAGCGGAUUUUGCGUGAAGUUCGCUCACGUCAUAAGACUUAUAUCUCCAAGGUCAUACAACACCCAUCCAAAGUCGUUGAAAUCCAAAUCAAGAAAGAGAAGACCACUACUCGGGCAGGGCAAUAUAUCUUUAUUUCUUGCCCAGAGAUCUCCUACUUCCAGUGGCAUCCUUUCACCCUUACGAGCGCUCCGGAGGAAGAUUAUAUCUCUGUGCACAUCCGUGUCGUCGGUGACUUCACCGCCGCGCUUGCUAAGGCCCUCGGCUGUGACUUCGAUUCUAAGGAUUCUAAGGAUUCCAAGGAUGUCGACGCCAGUGGUGGAAAGGUUAUUGGCACGAACACAAAUCCGCCACUCAACCGUGUGCUCCCUCGUAUCAUGGUUGAUGGUCCGUUCGGUAGUGCCAGCGAGGAUUUUUUAAAUUAUGAAACUGUCCUCCUUGUUGGUGCUGGAAUUGGUGUCACGCCCUUUGCUUCCAUUUUGAAGUCGAUCUGGUACCGCAUGAACAACCUAAACAACUCCAAGCCUACCCGUCUCUCUAAGGUUUACUUCACUUGGGUCAUUCGCGACUUUGGCAGUGCCGAGUGGUUCCACUCGCUACUGCAGGCUAUUGAAGAGCAGGACACAUCAAACCGAAUCGAGAUUAACAUCUACCUCACUGCCAAGAUCAAGGAGGAUGACAUGAACAACAUUAUAGUUCAAGAUGUCGGUGCAGAGAAAGAUGCUAUCACUUCGUUGCGUGCUCCCACUCAUUUUGGCAGGCCGAACUGGGACAGGGUGUUCGGUUCUAUGGUUGAAAAGCAUCCCGAAACUGAUGUUGGCGUGUUUUUCUGUGGCCCUCCAGUUCUCUCCAGGCAGCUUCACCAGAUGUCCAACAAGUACUCCAAUCCAAAAGGCACGCGUUUCUUCUUCGGCAAGGAGAAUUUUUAG